AUGUUUCGCAAAUCACUUUCCAUCCAGCUGGUUGAACCUGUUGUUUACUUGCGUGGUCACCCCAAAGAUAAGCACACAAUCAACAUCCUCCGUGGCCUUAUUCGUUUGCAGCUUUCCCACCCUGCCCUUAUUCAAUCUGUCACCAUCCAAUUUGUUGGCACUGCUAAAACACUUUGGCCUGAAGCUUCACAACAUUGGGAUAAACAUGUCAUUGUCGAUUCUGUAAUUCCCAUCAGCCGUUCACCUGUAUCACUGAAACGAGGUGCCCAUGCUUUCCCAUUUGAAAUACUAUUAUCCAAUGCGCUGUCAGAGUCCGUUGAAUGUGGAUUAGGCCAUGUGCGAUACAAAUUGUUGUGUCAGGUGCAGAUGAAACCCGCAUGGGCACCUUUUACCACGCAUAUCAAAUCUCAACGGCCUGUAGUACUUGUACGAUUGCCACAGGAUAGUGUGCCUCGUUGCAUUACUCAAACUCACACCCUUAGCCCCAAUGGCCAGGAGCUGCAUGUGCUUGUUGAAUCAGCCCAUAUCACACCUGGCACACCUUUGGCACUUUCUUUCUCCUUUUCUCAUCCACCUGGCGCCAUCAAUGACCUUUGUGUAAAACUUAUCGAACGCCAAAAGUUCAGAGCACGUGCAAAACGCACUACCCGAAUUCUUCAUCACGAAAUCACCCUUGCCCCACGAGACCCACCCAUCUUAGAUCAUCGCCUACUUCAUGGUGCACAUACCGAAUUACGUUGCGUAUUCGCCGUUCCAGACAAACACACAUUGCAGCUACAUCCAUCCACAGUCAAUCCCAACAUACGUGUACGCCAUUGGAUUCAAAUCGCUCUUCAUUUUACAAUGGAUGAUGGCACACCAAAGGAAGUUCUCAUGGAUGCACCUGUUUCGGUCAUCAUGGAUACCAUUGAGGAUUACAUUACCCUUCCAGCAUACGAAACAGUGCAUGCACCAGCACCAGCCUAUUCACCUUCACCAAUGGCACGUCCAUCCUCAUCAUCUUCAUCAUCCUCUUGGUUCAGCAAAUUAAAUCCAAAACGUGCUUUAUUAGUAUCGGAUCAUCCUCCAAGUUACGAUGAUACAAUUGCAUCGCCAUCAUCAUCAUCAUCAUUAGCAUUAUCGUAA